UACGAGCAAUACCAACUUCGCAGUUAGUUGAAUUUCGCUGCUUCACGGGGAAACAUGCUCAAGAGCACCGCGAGAUUUUCCAGUUCACCAGUAUUAGUUCCACACCUCAAUUGAGAGCGUUCCGCGCGCAUAAGAGACACAUUUUCCUUGGGUGGUGAUUUUGUGUGACCUCUCCCUGUUCAGUGCUACAUCCUCAUCAGAUGUUUUUUUGUGAUACCCAACCAACACCACAUGUGCUUUCCAGUGAUAUAGGAAUUUUCCUAUUUGGGGUGCUUUUGUAAAAAAAAAAUUACAAGUGAUACGAAUUUUACCGAAGAGGAAUUUUCUCGGCAAAGCCAGGUGAUCUUUUAAAGUGACUCAGUUUGGAUUAUCCCAUUCACUUUAGCCAUAUCUCGAGGAUACACAGUACGAGAUCACACAGCUAAUCAGCAUUUGGAUAUUUUAUUUUUUGGAUUAAGUUAGAAAUCGGGGCAGUUUUUCCAUUUUCGUUUAAACAACAUCUGCACCAUACCUAUGGAAUUAUUGUGAGGAAAAAAGAUGGCCCGUUAUGAUACCAAUUGGAAAAUAGGUGCAUUACUUCUUAUUGUUUUCGUCAUUUUCACGGAAUUACCUGUUGAUGGAGUUGCAGGCAGCAGAGAUCUCUUAACCGCAUGCCAGCACCUGAGGCGAGCAGAGUCACGUCGAUCCCGAAGCCUUGGUGAUCAGGGAUCAAAAACAGUUCGAGUACCCAGAUGCACGGAAGCUGGUGCUUUUGAACCAGUUCAGUGUUCCAACGACAUCAACAACACAGAAUGUUGGUGUGUAGAUGAGUACGGAGUUGAAAUCGUGGGCACACGACGGGCAAAGGAGGAAGAUGUGAAUUGUUCGGCAGUUGGUGAUCAGUGUCCAGCAUCCUCGUGCCGGAUGUACUGUCCAGCGGGAUUCGCGCGUGAUGCCCGCAGUGGGUGUUCAGUGUGUCAGUGUCGUGACCCAUGUGAGGGUAUCACAUGCCCUGGUUCACUUUCGUGCCACCCACAAGAAGUGCAGUGUAGCACAGAACCAUGCCCACCGGUGCCCACGUGCAAGAAGGCACGAAGUCUCUCCGAAAUGUGCCCUGUGGGUCAGCCAUUGAGUAUCGCGGGAACCAUUCGGCCGUUCCUCUGUGGCACCGAUCCCGGUAAGCCCACGUGCCCACCGCUCUACAAGUGCCUUGUGCAGCUGGGCAAUGACUACGGGGUGUGUUGUCCAGCAUCGCUCAAGUAUGAGAAACCUGGACAAUGUCCGGAUGUUGAGCAUCAGGAAAUUUCUCCAGCAGCUGGGCUUGUGUGUGGGAUUCCAUGUGGGCAUGAUUUGGAAUGCCCUCAGCUCCAGAAGUGCUGCCAAACAAGUGGAUGUGGGACAAAUUGCCAACAACCAUUUAACGUAACUGCGUGCCAUCAAGCGAGAAUGCUAUCGGAGUUGCUGUCUGUGAAUGAACGCGAGGGGAAAGGUUACAUUCCGCAGUGCGAUGGACCCGGUGGACUCUUCUCCUCCAAGCAGUGCUCCCGCAAUGGGCUUGUCUGUUGGUGUGUUGACACCAAAUCUGGGCACAAGAUUAAGGGUACCAUGGGGGCGGCGACCCUCGUUGACUGUGAAGGUGCUGAGAAUCUCAUUGCGCGAUCUUCUGGACGGAGCGUGGACGCUCCUCAAGGAUGCGAUCACAACAUCUGUGCUGCUGUUUGUGAAUACGGAUUUAAGAAUGAUCACAAUGGCUGUCCCACGUGCGAAUGUUCGGAACCAUGCGAGGGCUACCGCUGUCCGAUGGGCUCUCAUUGUGAAGUAGCCAAAGAUCCAGAUUGCGUAUCGGGAUCAUCGCUUUGUGCCUCUGAACCAAUUUGCAAACCUGAUCUGGUGUAUUCAAAUCCCUGCGAAGAAGGUACACCAUUGGCUGACAAUGUAACCGGUGAAGUUUUCUUCUGCCGCAUGGAUUCUAUCAAUACGGAAGACUUCCAAACACAAUCCUUCUUCGAUACAGUCCCAGAAGAAAACUACGGGCGUGCUAUGACUAAUUUCAUUGCAUGCCCACGUGACUACCAAUGCACCAAAUUGCACAAGGAGACAAAUAAUGUGUGCUGCCCACAAACCCUUCAGGCAUCGGCGUCUAAAGAAGAGAUUCAGAUUGAUAGACAGCAGACAAUGUGUGAGUAUCUUCGAGAUUUCUCAGAUCGAAUGGAAGGUACGGAGGAAGGCAUGGUAAUGGCCCUUCCGAGUCCACGUUGCGACAAGGAAGGCAUGUACCUCCCACGACAGUGCGCUCCGAAGAAGAUGAAGGUGACCCUUGCGGAGCAGAAGCGUCUUCUGGAGGAACGCAAUGUACGCCAAAUGAAGAUGCUCCUCUCGCGUCCAAGGAGAAGUUCAUCCAUUGAAGACGUGAAGGUCGUUAACAUGGACCAAGCAACAGAAUCUCUACGUGCUCUGCAGGAUCUCAAUAUAAGGAAUCUCGUGGAUUUCCUGCGGCAGAAAAUUCUCAAUCCUGCCACACAUCCCGAGGAGCUCUAUUUCGCUGAAAUGAUUCUCAAUAAUCAGGACAUGGGUCUCGAAGGACGUACAGCCAAAGUGAUUGAUUUCUCACAACCAAAAUCACAGGCAGUGGCGGAUGAGAAGAAUCUCUUCAGCUUUGAGAAGCCCAAAAGGAAGCCAACUCCACCCGCUGCUGAAAAUCAAUUGGUUGAGAUGGAAGUUGAGGAGUGCUGGUGUGUUGAUGGGUUUGGAACGGAGAUCCCCAGAACAAGGGGUCUCAAUACUACGCAGGAAGAAUGUGAGAAUCUACGAGAGACACUGGAAUGCCUAGAUCUGACCUGUCGAAUGGGAUGUGAAUAUGGAUUCAUCUUGGAUUCAGAUUCACGUUGCCCAUCGUGUCAGUGUAGGGAUCCCUGCGACAAUAUUCAGUGUCCUGAGCAUCAGGAAUGCCGAACUGUAGAUGUUUCCUGCGAUGGUGAGUACUGCCCGCCUGUUCCAGCUUGUCUUCCACGAAAACCCGGCCAGUGCCCAUUCCUCGUUCCACCGGGCAAUGAUGAUGCCUGUGAGUAUGAAUGCCGGUCGGAUUCUCAUUGCGAUGGCACCAAACGGUGCUGCUCCAACGGAUGUGGUACUCAGUGCGUUGAACCACAACUGAAGACUGCCUGUCAGCACCUCCAGUCAAUCCAACUUCAUCAAUCAAUCGAACUGGGCAUCCCGGCACGACAGAAAUACAUUGCUCAGUGUGAUGAACGCAAUGGUAGCUGGAAGGCGGUUCAGUGUGGCCCGGAUGGGGUUUGCUGGUGCGUGGACAGUUUGGGCAACGAACGAAGUGGAACCAGAACAAAUAAUUCACAGCCCAAUUGUGAUGGUGAACCCAUAACCGAGUGCCCCCUCUACAAAUGUGCAACAAACUGUGAGCAUGGCAAUCUGCUGGACAGCAAUGGAUGCAGCACGUGCGAUUGUCGAGAUCCAUGCUCGGAGAUCUCCUGCCCGAAUGGCGAGAAGUGCAAUCUUGUUCAGGUGGAGUGUAUUGAUACACCCUGUCCGAGGAUGCCCAUCUGCGUACCCUUCAUGGACAGCGUGUGCAUCGAAGGGGAACCACUGAGGCAGAACGGGCAGGAGAUCACAUGUGGGCCACAGUCUGCUGGUGAAUCCUGUCCCUCCACGCACGUUUGUCAGAUCAAUCCGCUCAACAAUAAGGGUGUUUGCUGCGGAAAACAACGUGAUGUUUGCUUUGAGAGCUUAGAACCAGGAUGUUUAGAUACAGACAAGGAUGAGAAUAAUUCAAGUCAUGUCCAUCGAUGGACUUUCAAUACCCGGCUCAACAAAUGCGUCUCCAUCAAAUCCACAACUCCUUGUCAGAGCAAGAAUCUCUUCCACAAUGAAAAUGCCUGCAAAGCAGUCUGUCCAGCUCUGACCCAGUGUGAACGUUUACGGCUGAAGAACUCCUUAGCAGCCAGGAGAACUGGUGGUCAGACACUAUCUUGGUUCCAGCCACGAUGUGAUCCGGAUACAGGAAGCUGGAGUCCUGUGCAGUGCCUCGGGAAGCCGGUAUCAGCUGAGACGCCCAAGGGUAGGGCUUUCAGGGUGGAUGUUCCCAGUCAAGAUGAUUUGGGAAUUGGAGUAUGUUGGUGUGCUGAUAAGAAAGGAGCACCCCUGAGGGGAUCGCUAACAAGAAAUAAUGAACCAAUUUGCAAUCAUCGACAAGCCAGAAGGAGGAUGAAUGACGAUGAACUGCAGGAUCCAGUAAUGGAGGAACUUAUCCGUCAGAUGACCAUCCUUGUGGAAGAUAAUCUCGUGGAAGACGAGGCAGAGAUCACGACUGAGAGUCUGCUGAAGCACAUUUCAACAACUUUGGCGCUCAAUGAUAGAAUUCUGCACAAAUCCACAACAUCAAAUCCACGCCAGGAGCGACUUUCCAGCACUCGUCAUCUCGUGGCAUCCUCCACUAGAUGCGAAGCCCUGAAACAGAGCGCCCCGUUCCCCGUGGCGUGUGACACUGAAGGUGGAUUUGCACCGAUGCAGUGCAACGGUGAGAUUUGCUGGUGCGUUGAUGCUGCAGGGAAUCAACUUCCAAUGUCCAGCACAUUCAAAUUGGGAACAAAGCAGUGUGUCUACACACCCAUUGAUCUCGUUGCCAUUGAGUUGCAUCUCAAUAAUCCCGAGAAGCGAAUGUACAGCAAUGUAUACGAAAUCCUCCGGGAUGAGCUGACUCAGCUUCUGGGCGACACUCCAGACAAUUUGCGUGUGCACGAAAACACCGAUGGGAGCAUAAUGGUCAAAUUUGAUCUGACGGGCAUCCGGAAGAUUGACGAGGCAUUCGCAAUUGAGGAGAUGGUCAAGCAGAGCAAUCUCCUCCUUGUUGGCGGUGAAUUGCGACCGGACAUUACGUUGUCGCGAUUCCUGCAUCGCAAUAGCAAUCUGCCAGUUCCUCAGCCCGCAUCGGGAAUUCCGGAGACCACCUUCCAGACAAUUGUCUUCAUCAUGGCCACCGCUUCGGCCUUCCUGGUCAGUGUCUUUGUCAUCUUUGUGAUGCUCAAACGUGGCCGAAGUAAGAAUAAGCAAUUCCACGGCGACAAGUUUACAAUGGGGGAUAAGUACCUGGACUACGGAUCCCCAAUCUUCGUACUCGCCGCCAAAGAGCAGCAGGACGCUAACAAAUUCAUGUCCAAGUAGUGCUUCCCAGAUUUGUGCAGAGAGAUCUUUUUUUUUUCGGAGAAAAAUUGUCCAAUUGUGAAUUUUGUACAUAAAUUUUGUGAAAAUGUAAGGACGCCUUGAGGUUUAAUGUUGAUAAUUAAGUUUAAAAUUAAAAUGUGAUACCAAUCUUUUAUUCUAUUUGGGAGGAUUCUUUCGGUGGUGGAGUCUUUAUUUUAUUUAUUUUAAAUUCUUCCACUUAGCUAGCUUUUUUAGCUUUUCAAAUAAAUCAAUCAAUAUUAAAAAA